AUGUCUUUGGUAAAAAGCUUUCUCAAAUUUAUUGUGUUGCUACUUUAUAUAUCUUCUCUAGUUAGUGCUGGAACUGGGUGCGAUCAAGAUCUUUGUGCAAACUGUAUCGCUGGUACAGCGUUUCAAUGCACCACAUGCAGAACUACCCCGUCUACAACAAUAAUGCUGAAUAACGUUUGCUUGCCUAAUUGCCCUUAUGAAUUCGCUACAUCUCCUUCUUGCACUGUUAAUACAAAUGCUGUAGUUGACGUAACUUUCGAUCAACCUUUAUUCAGUGGAUCAUAUGGCCCUUUUAUUACAGCGACUAGCUCAUCAACUUAUCAAUUCUUUUGGAGUCCUGAAAGUGUAGAUCCAAUUCCAGCUUAUCAGCAAGGAUUAUACUUUUCCGGUGGUGAUUACAUAGCAACCUCAGGUGCAUUUUAUCCUAAUUAUAAUGUUGCUCUGUGCUUAUGAUAUAAAUCCGUCUCAUCUAGCAAUGAUCUUUUAUAUAUAAAACCAGGAUCAGGAGAUGAAGUUUUAAGAGUCAAUGCGCAAGGUGGAUUAAGACUUGUUUUAGAGCAAAAAAAUGGAAACCAAGGAUCAACAAUAAAUACAGGCAAUAACCCCAAUACAUCCAACAAUAUAUGAUGAUUCCUUUCGUAUACAGUCUCUUAUUCCUCUUCCAAUGGAGACACGACAAUGGUUCAAUAUUUGAAUACAGUCGCUGAUCAAACAACUACUACAAAUGAUCAGCUGCUCAGAUGAUAUCAGGCAGGAAGCCAAACACUUAUUAUUGGAAAAGGGCCAAACGGAAAUUUUAAUGGCUGGGUAUAUAACUUUAAAUUUUGGAAUACAAACUACUCAGGCUGGGCAACAGAAUAUAGUGCUGUUUGUGGAUCAGGAACAAACUCAUGCUUUAUUAAUUGCUCAUUUGGAAAAUAUUGGAGUGGCUCCAGCUGUGUAUCUUGUGCAAGCCAAUGCACAAAUGGAUGCAUUGGAGCUAAUAAAUGCAAUUGCAAUGAUCCUCUUUGUGCUGUUUGCACAGGAUGGGCUUCAGGCUUAUGCACUACAUGCACCACGAAUGCUUCAGGAGGCGGGGCAGUUGCGUGCUCAUGCAAUCCAGGGUCUUAUAACUCAGACGGAUUUACUUGCACAAGCUGCCCAACAGGUUGUGCUACAUGCACGGGAGGAAGCUAUUAUCAAUGCAGCUCUUGCUUAUCAAGCUAUUACUUUUUAACCACAAUGUGUCUCAGUUCAUGUCCUGCUGGGUAUACUCAAGACUCAACCAAUAAGGUUUGCACGCUUUCCAUAACCACUGCUCUUUCAAUUGCUUUUCAGAACCAAAUUAUUCUCGAUACCCUCAGUGGUCUUACCGUAGGAGCAUCUAAUGCAAAUACCUACCCGACCUGGGAGUCGACUGAUCCAAUUCCUUCUAUUUAUAGAGGCUAUUACUUUACAAGUACCUACUAUAUGACUUUAUCUUCACUCUCAAUAUCCCCUUAUUUCACAGUCACUAUGUGGAUCAAUCCGACUGCCCAAGGAAACGUUGUAACCAAGUUUAGCACUGUUAAUGUUUUUCUCCUUACCCUAACUUCAUCAGGCUAUCCUUCUCUUGCGCUUAAACUCAAUGAUGCUUCGACAGUCACAGUUACUGGAUCGACAACCCAAUUCAAUGCUUGGCAUAACAUAGCGUUCACAAGUACAAUUAAUGGAAGUGGAAAGACAGUUAUAAGCCUUUAUAUUGAUGGGGCAUCUGUCACUAGUGCCACUUCUUCUAAUGCAUCCCCAUUUGUAGAUUCAGGAAUGCUUUAUAUUGGAAGACAAUCAAGCUCAAAUGGAUUCACUGGAUUCUUAUGAAGCGUUAAAGUGUAUAAUGACAAUACUCUUUAUAAUAGCGAAUGAAAAACGACUGGUUGCGCUAGUGGGUGCUCGACGUGCCCCUCAGAAUUGCUUUGUCCUAGCACUUGCCUAUUUGGGUACUUUUUAUCGUCAGGAUCUUGUUCAUCGUGCGCAGGAUCUUGUUCGCCCUAUGGUUGUAGAAGCACAGAUACCUGUAGACUUUGCAAGUAUAAGGAAUGCACAACCUGCACUUUAUUUGAUGGGCCUUGCACUGCUUGUAUAACAAAUGCCAGCUUGUCAGGAGGUGUUUGUUCUUGCAAUUCUAAUGCAUUUUGGGUUGCUUCAACUGCAACAUGUGAUGUAUGCGACAUUUUAUGCGCGACUUGUACUGGAACUUAUUACUUCCUGUGCAGUGCUUGCAGUGGAUCAGCGAUUCUCGUGGGAAAUGUUUGUUUGAAUGCAUGCCCGUAUGGAUUUACUUCUAGUCCGUCAUGCACUGUUGCUUCAACUACAGUUAUAGAUCAAACUUUUGACACUAAUUUCCUUGGAACAUAUGGAAUUUUUACAACUUCAACAUCAGCUUCCACCUAUCAAUUUUGGAAUAGUCCAGACUCAUUAGAUCCUGUUCCAGCUUAUAAAAGAGGGCUUUAUUUCUCUGGAGGUCAGUAUUUAGUAUCGAAUGCAAACAUUUAUUUAAGCAACAGCGUUUCAAUGGGACUAUGAAUUUAUGUGAUAACCGCAGGUGAUAUCCUUCAAAAGCAAACAAGACUUUCGUUCAGUUCAGCUGGAGUUGUUACAGCAACUUUAGAAAAUCCAUCUCAAACUACUACAUCAGCAUCGACUACAGCUUUGUCAGCAUUUUCUGGAUGGACUUAUCUCUCUUUUACAAUUACUUAUACGAGUGGAGCAACAACAAUUACUUCUUAUAAGAAUAAUGCACCGGGAACUACUCUUUCAAAUACAGCUUAUCUUUAUAGAGAUGCAGCUUCUGAUGUUUUGUAUCUUGGCAAGAGCUCUACUUCUUCUACAUUUGUUGGCUUUAUUUAUUAUUUCACUUUAUGGAAUACUGCAAUAACUGAUUUCUCGUCUAAAUUUACAAUACCCUGUGGAACUAGUUUAGUUACCUCUUGUCUUUGGUCUUGCAAUAUUGGCCAAUAUUAUGCUACGUCAUCUUGCACAUCAUGCAAUAGCUGUGGAAAUUUGGGAUGCAGGCAAGCAGUGUCAUGCAAUAUUUGCUAUGAUCCUUUGUGUGCUCAAUGCACAGGCUUUGGAGUUAACUUAUGUACUUUAUGUGUCACUCAUGCUUCUGGGGGAGGAACAACUGCUUGCUCAUGCGAUACCAACUAUAUAGCUUCUGCCGAUGGCUUUUCUUGUAUUUGGGCGUGCACUACUGGAUGUGCUGGUUGCUCAGGAACAGGCUAUUAUCAAUGCACAUCUUGUUUAACAAGCUAUUACUACUUAAACGGACUCUGUCUCAGCUCAUGCCCAACUGGAUAUACUCAGGAUUCUACGAAUCACCUAUGUACUUUGUCUUCAACUACUCCUGUAUCCCUUGCUUUGCAAGACUGAAUUAAGCUUGAUACGACAAGUGGCUUUACUGUUGGCUCUUCUAGUUCUAAUACUUAUCCUUCAUGAACUGACUCAACUGAUCCUGUGCCUUCUAUUUAUAGAGGCUACUAUUUCACGAGUUCAUCAUUAAUGUCUUUAAGCUCUCUAACAAUCACUCCUUUCUAUACUGUUUCAAUUUGGGUGAAGGCAACAUCGCAAGGGAACUUAUUUCUUAAGCUAAAUGGAUCUAGUGAAAUUUUCAAACUUGUUUUCACAUCAUCAGGAUGGCCAACUAUUACACUUAAACUUUCUGAUUCUACAGCUGUGAUUUUGAGUGGUACAGUUAGUUUAUUUAAUGCCUGGCAUAAUAUAGCUUUUACAGGAGAUAUUGUAAGUGGAAAUACUAAAAUUUAUUUUUAUACAGAUGGAGUGCUAAAGUCAAAUCAAGUUUCAGGUACCGCAUCUCCUUUUUCUGACUCUGGAUCCUUAUAUCUCGGUUAUUCAAAUUCAGCUAAUGGCUUUACAGGGUUUUUGUGGAGUCUUAAAAUAUUUAACGGAAAUACUCAUUACUUAGAUGAAUGAAUCACAUCUGGGUGUCCAAGUGGUUGCUCGACUUGUCCUUCUGAGUUGCUUUGUCCUGAUAAUUGUGCUUUUGGAUCCUUUUUAUCUUCUGGGUCAUGCUCAACGUGCGCUGGAUCUUGCUCUCCUUAUGGGUGUAGAAGCACAGAAACAUGCAGACUUUGUCAAUACCGAGAAUGCACUACCUGCACACAAUUUGACGGACCUUGUACAGCUUGUAUUACAAAUGCAGGCUUAUCAGGAGGCGUUUGUUCUUGUAAUUCUAAUGCAUUUUGGGUGGCUUCAUCUGCAACAUGCGAAUUAUGCGAUGCUUUAUGUUCGACUUGCAGUGGAACUUAUUAUUUCCUUUGCAGUGGUUGCAGUGGGUCUGCAGUCCUUGUUGGAAAUGUCUGUUUAAACGCUUGUCCGUAUGGAUUUUCUACAAGUCCCUCUUGCACAGUAGCCUCCACUUCCGUUAUAGAUCAAACUUUUGACACUAAUUUCUUUGGAACAUAUGGCAUUUUUACAACUUCAGCAUCAGCAUCCACAUAUCAGUUUUGGAAUAGUCCAGACUCAUUAGAUCCAAUCCCAGCUUAUAAAAGAGGUCUUUAUUUCUCUGGAGGGCAGUAUUUAGUAUCGAAUACAAAUAUUUAUUUUAGCAACAGCGUUUCUAUGGGACUAUGAAUUUAUGUAAUAACCGCAGGCGAUGUCCUACAAAAGCAAACCAGACUUUCAUUGAGUUCAGCUGGAAUUGUCACAGCAACUUUAGAAGAUCAUUCUCAAACUGCUACAUCAGUAUCAACUGCAGCUUUGUCAGCAUUUUCUGGAUGAACUUAUCUUUCUUUUGCAAUUACUUAUACAAGCGGUGCAACAACAAUUACUGCUUAUAAGAAUAAUGCACCGGGAACUACUCUUUCAAAUACAGCUUAUCUUUAUAGAGAUGCAGCUUCUGAUGUUUUGUAUCUUGGCAAGAGCUCUACUUCUUCUACAUUUGUUGGCUUUAUUUAUUAUUUCACUUUAUGGAAUACUGCGAUAACUGAUUUCUCAUCUAAGUUUGCUAUUCCAUGCGGAACAAGCUUGGACAGUUCUUGUCUUUGGUCUUGUAAUAUUGGUCAAUAUUAUGCAACUUCAUUUUGCACAUCAUGCAAUAGCUGUGGAAAUUUGGGAUGCAGACAAGCAGUGUCAUGCAAUAUUUGUUAUGAUCCUUUGUGUGCUCAAUGCACAGGCUUUGGAGUUAACUUAUGCACUUUAUGUGUCACCCAUGCCUCUGGAGGAGGAACAACUGCUUGCUCAUGCGAUACCAACUAUAUAGCUUCUGCCGAUGGCUUUUCUUGUAUUUGGGCGUGCACUACUGGAUGUGCUGGUUGCUCAGGGACAGGCUAUUAUCAAUGCACAUCUUGUUUAACAAGCUAUUACUACUUAAACGGACUCUGUCUCAGCUCAUGCCCAACUGGAUAUACUCAAGAUUCUACGAAUCACCUAUGCACUUUGUCUUCAAGUAAUCCUGUAUCCCUUGCUCUACAAGACUGAAUUAAGCUUGAUACAACAAGUGGCUUUACUGUUGGCUCUUCAAGUUCUAAUGCUUACCCAUCAUGAACCGAUUCAAAUGAUCCUGUACCUUCAAUUUAUCGCGGCUACUAUUUUACUAGUUCAUCAUUCAUGUCCUUAAGCUCUUUGACAAUCACUCCCUUCUAUACUGUUACAAUUUGGGUAAAGGCAACGUCUCAAGGAUAUCUCUUCCUCAAACUGAAUACACCAUCGGAAAUCUUCAAAAUUCAGUUCACAUCAUCAGGAUGGCCUCGUAUUAAUGUGGUUCUUCAAGAUUCAUCCGUAGUGAUUUUGACAGGAUCUACAAGUCUAUUUAAUAAUUGGCACAAUAUUGCUUUUACUGGAGACAUCGCGAGCGGAUACACUAAAAUAUUUUUUUAUACCGAUGGAUCCUUAAUAUCAAGUCAAGCAUCAACGAAUGCUUACCCUUUUAUUGAUUCUGGCAUAUUAUAUCUUGGAUCUUCUAAUGCAGCCCCCAGUUUUACUGGAUUUUUAUGGAGUCUAAAAAUAUACAAUGGAAACACUCAUUUCCUGGACGAGUGGCAAACUUCAGGCUGCUCUGGAUCUUGCUCGAAUUGCCCUUCUGAGCUGAUUUGUCCUGAUAAUUGUGGGUUCGGCUCUUUUUUCUCGUCUGGAUCCUGUACAACGUGCGAUGGAUCUUGCUCUCCUUAUGGAUGUAGGAGUACUCUUACUUGUAGACUUUGCCAAAACAAGGAAUGCACUGCUUGCACUUUAUUUGAUGGUCCUUGUACAGCUUGCAUCACAAAUGCAGGUUUAUCAGGAGGUGUUUGUUCUUGUAAUGCUAAUGCUUUUUGGAUUCAAUCUUCAGGAACUUGUGAAAUUUGUGACAAUUUGUGCUCUAUUUGCUUAAAGACUUACUAUUUCGAGUGUAGUGCUUGCACAGGCACAAAAGUUUUAGUUGACACUGUCUGUUUAAAUGAAUGUCCAUACAGUUUUACAGCGAGUCCCUCAUGCAUAAGCUCAACAUCAACUAUAAUUGACCAGAGUUUUGAUACAAUAUUCCAAGGAUCUUAUGGGAUAUUGACAACCUCCAAUUCUGCUUCCACCUCUCAAUUUUUUACUAGCCCAGAUUCUACUGACCCUGUUCCUUCAUAUGGAAGAGGACUGUAUUUUUCAGGUUCGCAAUACUUGCAAGCCAAUGUGAACAUUUAUAUGAACUAUCAAUUUUCAGUUGGCCUUUGAAUUUAUACAAUUACAGAUGGAGAUAUAUUCCAAAAACAAGCAAGAGUUAAAUUGGCUUCUAAUGGAAUAGCCAAUAUUAUCCUAGAAAGCCCAUCUCAAACUACAACGACAGUCACUACUUCAUCUACAGCUUUUAGUGGGUGGUCUUAUUUGUCCUUAACAGUUUCUUAUUCAUCAGGCUCAACCACAACUGUUACCUCAGUAAACAAUGUUGCUGGAACUCCAAUUUUAUCCACAAACUUACUGUUCAAAGACGUUUCAUCUGAUAUUUUGUAUGUAGGAAAAAGUACAUCUUCUGGAUUUGAAGGCUUUAUUUAUUAUUUCAGCUUAUGGUACACUGCUAUCUCUGAUUUUUCGUCAAAACUAUCGGUUCCUUGUGGGUCAAGUUUAUCUACUUCUUGUCUCUGGCCUUGUGAUAUCAGCGAUUACUAUGAUGGAGCAGCUUGCCAGUCUUGCAACUCCUGUUCUUUAGGGUGUACUCAGGGAGUUUCCUGUAAUAUUUGUCAUGAUCAUCUUUGCUCAAUUUGCAGUGGGUUUGGGUCAGGAUUAUGCACUCAAUGUGUGAACCAUGCUUCAGGAGGAGGAGCAACUGCCUGCUCAUGCGAUGUUAAUUAUAUCCAAGCAGCUGAUGGAUUUUCAUGUGUUUGGGGUUGCACUACAGGCUGUGGAGGCUGCUCUGGUACAAGCUAUUAUCAAUGCACUUCUUGCUUGACAAUGUAUUACUUUAUAUCUGGACUCUGCAUCUCUAUUUGUCCUACAGGAUAUACCCAAGACUCUACAAAUAAUCAAUGCACCUUGGUUUCAAACCUUUCUUUCAGUCUUCAGUUCCAAGACCUAAUCCAAUUAGACACAGUGAGUGGAGUCCAAGUUGGUUCCUCAGGUACAAACACUUAUCCAGCAUUUGAAAGCACUGAUCCAGUUCCUUCACUAUACCGUGGCUACUAUUUCAUUUCCGAUUCCUAUAUGGCAUCAACCUCCCUAAUAUUAAAUACUUACUUUACAGUCACAGUUUGGAUUAAGCCAAUUUUAUCUGGAUACUUAAUGCUAAAAAUUAACGGAAGUGACGAAAUGUUCAAGAUUUCAUUGUCAAGUGGCGGAGUUCCUACUUUAAUGAUAACUCUUCAAGACUUAUCAACUGUUUCAGUUAGUGGAGCUUCAAAUCUUUUUAAUGGUUGGCACAAUAUUGCAUUCACAAGUGAUAUUAUCAGUGGGAAAAUGAAGAUAUAUUUGUAUACAGAUGGAGUUGUUUCGGCAAGUCAACUGUCCACUAACUCAUCUCCAUUCAUUGAUUUAGGAAAUUUGAAGAUUGGAGCAUCGUCUGGGGCCAAUGGAUUCACUGGAUUUUUGUGAAGCUUAAAGGUAUUUAAUUCAAACUCGAAUUAUCUUGAUGAGUGAAAAACAACUGGGUGUGUUGGCGGAUGUUCAAGCUGCCCUUCAGAGCUAAAAUGCCCAGAUAACUGCGAUUUUGGAUCGUUUUAUUCAAGUGGAUGCACAACUUGCGACUCAAGCUGCACCCCAUAUGGAUGUAGGAGUUCUCUAACUUGCAGACUGUGCUUGCAGAAAGAAUGUAAAGAAUGCACACUGUUUGAUGGACCUUGCACUAGCUGCAUAGACAGAGCUACUUUAACAACUGGAGUCUGUGCAUGCGAUACAAAUGCAUUCUGGGUUCAGUCUUCUCAAAGUUGCGAAUAUUGUGAUUCCUUAUGUACUCAGUGUGCGGGAACUUACUAUUUUCUUUGCAGUGCUUGUACAACAGGUGAAACUCUUGUUGGGAAUGUUUGCUUGCAUGAGUGUCCUUAUGGUUUUGGUGGAAGUUGCACAAGUGUUUCUUCUCAAGUUAUAACUCAAUCUUUCGAUCAGAAUUUUGCAGGGUCAUAUGGUAUAUUCACAACAGCUACAAGCUCAUCAACUUAUCAGUUUUUCAAUAGUCCUGAAGCCAGCGAUCCUAUACCUGCCAAGAAGAGGGGGCUAUAUUUCUCAAGUGGAAAAUACUUACUUCACCCAGGUAAAAUUUAGAUUUUUUUGGGUAUUUAGUCCCUUUAAAUUGGAACUAUUUUAUUUUUAAUAAGAAAAUUUUAUUGAUGAAAAUACUAAUUUUUAUAAAAUUAGUUUUGACCUAAUUUAAUAGACAAAUUGUAAGUAGGAUGUCAUUUAAACAGUUUUAGCACUGAAUAGAUUAAUUUUUUAUUUAAUUCUUUAUAAAAAUAAAUUAAAAUUCAAAAUAUGAUGCUUAAUUAUAUAUUUUUAAAAUUUUAGUUUUUUUUAAAAAAAUAAAGAUUAAAAUCUAGUUUUAUGUGAUCUAAUUAAAUAGAAAAAGUAAGUAGAAUGUAUUUAAACAGCCUUUCACACUGAUUCGAUUCUAUUUUUUUAAUUAUUUCUUUAUAUAAAUAAAGUUUUCAGUAUUAUGCUCAAUUUAUAUUUUUUUAAGAUUUUAAAAAUUUUACAGAGAAAAAUUUAAAUGUUUUUUUUUAAAAGAGCAUUACCCCUUUUAAAUUGGAACAGGAUAUUUUUUUCCAAAUUUAAAGUGGAAAAGUUAGAAUCAAAUAUUGACGUUUAUUUAUCUUACAGCUUUUCACUUGGGUUUUGGGCUUAUGUAGAAACUGCAGGAGAUUUAUUCGAAAAACAAAAUAGAUUAAUUAUAAAUUCUAGCGGUGCUGCAACAAUUAUUCUAGAGAGUCCAAGUUUAUCCGCAUCCACUAUUACGACUGGAGUAAUAAGCUCCUCAGGAUGGUCAUAUUAUUCAAUAGCUAUUUUAUACUCUUCAGGCUCUACUACAACUACAGUUUAUAUCAACAAUGUAGCAGGAACUCCAAGCAGCACAAGCAAUUAUAUCUUUAGAGAUGCUGCUUCUCAAACUAUUCUAAUUGGCAAAAGUACUUCUUCCAACUUUUCAGGGUUUAUAUAUAAUUUCAACAUGUGGAAUAGCCUAAUUACUGACUUCAGCACUCAAGUAAAUAAUGAUAUCUGCGGAGUAGGGUUUGGAAGCACUUGCUUAUGAACUUGUGAUUUUGGAUCAUAUCAAAACUCUGGAGGAACAUGCUCUACUUGCAACAGUUGCUCUCUAGGCUGUGUAAGGGGAGUAUCAUGCAAUGUGUGCGAUGAUAAGCUUUGCAGUGUUUGCACUGGGUUUGGAACAAAUCUUUGCACAACUUGUGUGACUCAUGCAUCUGGAUCUGUGUGCUCAUGCGAUACCGGAUAUUCUUUAUCAUCAGAUGGGUUUUCCUGUGUAGUUUGCAGCACAGGCUGUUCUGCUUGCACUGGACUUAACUAUUACCAAUGUUCAUCUUGUUUGAGCUCUUAUUACUAUAUAAACAAUCUUUGUGAGCCCAGCUGCCCUACAGGAUACACACAAAACUCUGCGACGCAUAGCUGUGACUUAUCUUCAUCCCUUGUAUUGUAUUUAAAUCUUAUUGAUCAGCUUCGCCUUGAUACUGUAAGUGGAUUUAUUGUUGGGAGUGAUAGCACAAAUACAUACCCAAGCUGGGAUACUCAUGACCCUAUUCCAGCAAUCCAAAGAGGAUAUUACUUUACAGGAUCAAGCUAUAUGACUUCUAGCUUCAAAUUUAGUCCUUACUUUUCUCUCUCUUCUUGGAUAAAGGGCUUAAAUGGUGGCUACUUUUUAACAAAAUAUGAUGGGUCAGUGUAUCUUUCUAUAACCUUUGCAGCUGGAAUCCCGACACUAAUAAUUAAACUAUUGGACGGUACGACAAUUUCAGUUUCAGGAGGGUCUUCAAGUAUUUUCAAUUCUUGGAACUUUUUCUCAUUUUCUGGGCAAAUUUUGGGAGAUGGCACUACUAAGAUUAUGUCUUAUAUUAAUGGCAUCUCAGCUAGCACCCAAAUAUCAGGGACAUCAAGCUUCUUUAGAGACAGUGCUUCAGGAAACUUGAUUUUAGGUGCAGACCAAACAUUAGCUAAUGGCUGGGAAGGAUACGUUUGGAACUUAUACAUAUAUAACGAUAAUUCUCAUGCGACAACUGAUUGGACUACAUCUGGCUGUGGGACUGGCUGCACUAGCUGCCCUGCAGAUUUAACCUGUUUAAGUGGCUGCAGUUUAAGCACUUUUCCAUCUUCUUGCACAUCCUGCAAAACAGGAUGCAGCCAUGGCUGUGUUGGAGAUUUAACAUGCAGACUUUGCAAAGCCAAAGAAUGUCUCUCUUGCAAUACUUUUUCUGGAGCUUGCAUUAGCUGUAUACCAAAUGCAAGUCUUUCAGGGACAACUUGCCAAUGCAAUGCAAAUACACUUUGGGUUGACUCAUCAGAGAGCUGCGAACUUUGCAAUAGCGCAUGUGCUUCGUGCUCAUCAUUGACAUUUGAUGGCUGUAUAACUUGUUCAAGCACCCGCUAUCUGUUUGAAAACUUAUGCAUUAAUUAUUGCCCAACUGGCUACUCAAAAUCAGGAAGCAAGUGCAUAAUUGACUCAUCAAGCGCAUAUAUUUUUAAUUUAAAGCCAAACCAAAUUAAAGACGAAGUUACUGAUCUCCAAUCUGGUAUUAUUGCAAGCACAGGAAACGAUACAAAUUUCUAUCCAAACUAUGAAGAAUCAGACCCUUACGCAGCUCAAUAUCGUGGAUACUACUUUAAUGGAAAAUCAUAUAUGAAUGUGUCUUCCUCUUCUAGAGCUCUGAUUCUUGCUCCCAAAUUUACUUUUUCAAUGUGGCUUAACCCUUCUACAACUUCUUGUGAUUUAUUUACAAAGCAGUCAAACUCUACAGUGGCUACUCCCAUUUUGAAGCUAAGUUUGUCUUCUUUAACUCCUUCAUUGAAAAUAAAGCUAAGUGAUGGGUCAACCGCUUUAUAUACUAGCACUAGUAGCCUUAACCAAAAUCAAUGGAAUUUAUUAAUAGUUUCUUCAGAUAUUUCAGUGACUCCUGCCCAAGUAAUUUCAUUCAGCAUAAAUUCAGUUUCAGAUGCAUCAAGUGACUUAAGUACGUCGUGGUUUGAAGAUUUGCAAGAUUCGUUUAAGAUUAUAAUAGGAUCAUCUCUUUUGACAAGCUCAACAUUUGGAAAUUACUUCUCUGGAUUUAUUUGGGACCUGAAAAUCAGGAAUAGCAUUGUUAGUUUUUCUUCUUUGUACUCUACAUCUUGUUCACAAUGCUCUUUAUGUCCUGUAGAUAAUUCUGCAGCUUGUAUUCCUAAUUGUCCAAUUUCUGAGUAUUGGGAUGGAACGCAGUGUUCGGCUUGCAACAAUGCAUGCUCAGCUGUAGGGUGUGUGAGGAAUGAUAAAACUUGCAAUUUGUGCAAUAACGUUAUAUGCAGCGUCUGCGAUGAUUUUAUUUCUGGAUCCUGUCUCCAAUGCAAGACGAAUGCUUAUUUAUCAUCUGGAGAAUGCAUAUGCAAUAAUGGGUAUUAUUUAAAUAAAACCCAAGAAGAAUGUCUACAGUGCAAGUCAAACCAAUAUUCAGUCAAUGGAGUCUGCAACGACUGCCCAAGCAAGUGCACAUCUUGUUUAGAUUCAUCAAUUUGUUAUACCUGCAUCACAAAUGCUGAAUUAUCACAAAAUAACUCAUGCAUUUGCAAAGUUGGAUACAAUGGAAAUGCCUGCGAUGCAGCUUAUUUUAAUGCAUAUUUGGCAGUAAACGAUGACAACUCCUUAAACAUCACAUUCUCUGAAAAUCUUGUGAACAUAAUUUCUCAAUAUGACUUGAGUAUCAAUAUCGAAAAUAUUUCUUUGUCUGAUUAUUCAUGAACAAUGGAAAGGAUGAGCGACAAAUUUUAUACAAUUUCGUUGUCAUUUUCUGUAGAAGUUAACAGUAAAACUCCAAUAGCUAUAAAAUUGAUGAAUUUGACGUAUUUUGUAUCAGAAACAAAUGCGCUACUUAAAGAUGAUACUUUAGCUGGAGUUCUUUAUCACUAUAGUCCAUAUUCAAGCAGCCAGGCUGUUACUGCAGUAACUAGCCAAACAACAGCUGCAGUUCAAUCAAUUAUAGGGGCAUCAGUAGCAGUUUCAUUCAUUAACCCUAACCCAGCUAGCUUGUGGAGCAUGUUGAACACUCUAAAUUAUAUUGCAUACCUAGGCCUUACCAAAAUCCCAAUGUCAGAAUCGUUUUAUGCGUUUGUAAUAAAUAUGAAUGGCAAUUAUUAUUUACCAAAUUUAUUUGAAUAUUUCGUUGAUAAAAGUCAAGGGACUGCUCCAUAUGCUCAAGCAGUAAAAUAUGGCUAUGACACUGAUUUGAUUUUGCUUAAUGUUGGGAGUGCUAUUACAACACUUGGGGCCAUUGUAGCUGCACUUCCUUUAGUUUACUUCUUAUCAAACUGCUCCCAAAGGUAUUUAGCUAGAAAACUAGCAGGAAUACUAAAAAAUUAUAAAUGGUCAGUGUUUGUGAGGUUUUGGAUUCAAAGCUAUUUAGACUUCACCGCCGCAGCACUUAUAGGAUUAUUAAAUGUAAGAUUUAUUUAGUUUUCGUUUGGUAACAUGACUCAAGCUACAAAUACAAUUAUAUGCCUUGGCGUGUUUGUAAUUUUUAUUUAGAUUUUUUCAUCAGUUUCUCCUUUGCUAUUUUUUAUGCUCUCAUAUAAAAAUUUGCCGAAAAUUCAAGAAAGAGAAAAAGGUUUCGAAAAACUUUGGAGUUCAUUCUUUUAUGAGUUCAAAAAUGACCAAGGACUGAUGAGCACUCAAUAUUAUUCUCUUUUUUUCGGAAGAAGAUUUAUAUAUAUUAUGAAUGUAGCUCUACUUAAUAACUACCCAGCUUCUCAAGUUACAAUUAGCACCGUGCUUUCUCUUAUAACUGUGCUUUAUAUGAUCAAAUACCGACCUUAUGAGGAACCAAUUCUUCAAAUCACGAACACUCUUACCGAAAUUUGCACCAUGCUUUUUAUGGGAUUAAUGUCUGCAAACCUCUUUAAUAUGUCAUCAAGCAUGCAAAGCGAUUUUGAAUUGACAUUAAUUUCAGUUGCAAUUGGAAUUAUGGGUGUUCAGUCUGCUUCCUCAAUAGCACUUUUUGGCAAAACAUGCUAUGAGCUUGUCAAAGAAGGGCUGCAAAAGAGCUCACCACCACAAAAUAAAUACAAUAUUAGAAUUAAUAGGAAAGAAAAUAGACGAAUUGCAGACCUUGAUAGUAGUCCAACUGAAAUAAAUCGCAGCAUGGUGAAUAACGAUCUUUCAGAUAUUGGAGAUGGAGCUAUUAAUUAA